UGCGGAACUUAUGACGUGCGAAAUGUUUCUGGUCGGAGCGUUAUAACCUAGUGUCGUUCCCUCCACAUGGUAGUGCGCUCAUCGUCUGUCACCGAUAGUAAACAAGUAGCAACCCCUGGAGAACUCCCUCAGUCCCUGUCAAUUGAUCAGAGAUGACUUCGGCCGACGACAGCGAUGAUGACUGGGAUGAGUUUAUGGACAAAUUUACGAAAGAAAGAUACAAAAAUGGUUUUAGCGAAGGCAAUUGGGAAGAGGAGAUGGAGAAAAUACCAUUGUUCAUGACGAAAGCCCCAGAAGAAAUUGACCCUAAAACGCAUCCGCAAUUGGCUUGUCUUCAGGCCCUUAUCCACGAUGAAGACAGGACUCCCGAGGAAAAAGCAGUCAGUCUGAAAAAUGAAGGAAACGCAUAUUUUCAAGAGAAAAAAUAUGAAAAGGCAGUGGUGGCAUACACAGAAGGUUUGAAGGCGAACUGGGAAGACCAGGUCAACAACACUGUUCUACUCACCAAUCGAGCUGCUGCACAAUAUUAUCUCGGUAACAUGCGCUCUGCCUUGAAAGAUUCAUGUGCUGCACUGAAGAUCAAACCAGACCAUCUUAAAGCAUUGAUCAGAGGAGCUCAGUGUUGCAUGGAGAUUCGUAGCUUUCCAGAGGCCAUCCGGUGGUGCGACAGGGGGCUCAAGAUGCACCCUGGUGAUAAAAAGCUAACAGAGUUGAGGUCGGCAGCAGACAAACACAAGAGAGAGGCAGAGAGGGAUGCCCGGAAGGCAAUGGCCAAAGAAAAAAAGGAGCAAGGCGAAAGACAAAGACUACUAUCAGCCAUGACAGAGCGCGGCAUCAAGCUCCGCCUGCCAAAGAGGCGUGGCUCUGAAGACGAGGACGAGGAGCAGGGUCAGGGGCCAGCUCUGGACCAACUCACCCAGGACGCCACCGGGGCCCGCGUGUUCCUGGACGACCAGGGCGCCCUGAACUGGCCCGUCCUCCUCCUCUACCCAGAACACCAGCAAAGUGACUUCAUAUCAGCCUUUUGCGAGGCCUCAUGCUUCAUAGACCACUUGGCAGUGAUGUUCGGCGAGGAACUUCCCCCGUGGGACAAAGACAGGAAGUACCUCCCUCAAAACCUGCAGUUGUUCUUUGAAGAUGAGGAGAUGGAGGUCUUGUACCAGGUGGUACCAGACAUGUCUCUUUUGAAAGUGUUGCAGCAUAAAAGAUUUUUUGUAAAAGCCGGCUCCCCCAGCUUUAUUGUAUUGGUCCAAGGAUCGCCCUUCUCCAAAAAGUAUUUAUCAGAGAAGACACUAAAGCGUUGGUGAAGGCCUUGUCCUUUCAGUCCGCCACCUGACCGGGUUGCUAAAAUCCACGUCUUUGUAUCCACUUAAAACAAAUGACAGUCUGGCUCACUGCACCCAGACAGUGUUUUUAUAUAAUACAGUCUCAACCACACCCCAAUAAAGGCAGAAUGUACAACUCUUCCUGUUCCGUUUCAUUUUAAAUAAAAGCAUGACAACUUGAAACUA